AGAGCGGCAACGUGCCUUCGAAAUCCCGAACGGGAACGGAAUCUCCUCGUCAUUUCGACUUUGCGCUCUAUCGCCUAGUCCGUAAUGUAGAUAAAAUGAACCAACAAGGUCGACAAAUCAAAAUGAUCAUCAAACGUCGGGCGCGUAAAGAAUAAACCGGACAAUUUUACAAGUUUCGUAACUAAAUUUUCAGUGACGGUGAACGGAAAAUCAGUGGAAAAUGCGGUUAACAGUUAGGCAUUUCCAGAACAUCAGCAAGAUGUUGGAUUUCUAUUCCCAGUUCAACCCUUCACCCUUGUCAAUUAAAAAAUUCAUUGACUUUGGUCUCAAUGCUUCUGAAGAAAAGUCUUACAUAUUCCUGCGUAAAGAACUACCAGUUCGCCUCGCAAACAUAAUGAAAGAGAUCGCCCUGCUGCCGGAAAACCUGCUAAGAAUGCCCUCUGUUAUAGCAGUCAACGAUUGGUACAUGAGAAGUUUUCAGGAGAUAAUAGAAUUCGAGAAGAUGGAUAUGAGUUCGAAAACGCUAGAAUAUUUCUGCAGUAACCUGGUAAAGAUAAGAAACAGGCAUUCCGACGUGAUAGAAACAAUGGCUCAGGGCGUCCUGGAACUGAAGGAAUCUCACGAUGUGGAUCAUCACAUGGAGAACAGCAUCCAGUAUUUCUUGGAUAGAUUCUACAUGUCUCGGAUUUCAAUCAGGAUGUUGAUCAAUCAACAUACCCUACUAUUCGGAGGUCAGUUGGAGAACGCUCCAGGCCCCAAAGGCAAUCAAUACAUUGGAUGCAUAGACCCGCAGUGCGAUAUAGUGAGCGUGAUCAAAGACGCCUACGAAAACGCAAGAUUUCUCUGUGAUCAGUACUAUCUAGACUCUCCGGACUUGAUCAUAACCGAAUCGACACAUCAUGAUUUGGAGCCGGAGCACGGUAUCAAGAUGGUUUAUGUUCCAUCGCAUUUAUAUUAUAUGCUGUUCGAAUUGUUCAAGAAUUCCAUGAGAGCUGUGAUGGAAUAUCACUCUUGCGUCGAUAAAUAUCCACCCAUAAGUGUGACCGUUUCGAAGGGAAAAGAAGACAUCUGCCUCAAGAUGUCAGAUAAGGGCGGGGGGCUACCCAGAUCCUCCAUGGAACAUUUAUUCAAAUAUAUGUACUCGACAGCACCACAACCGAGUAAAGCUGACGCUCAUACAGUUCCAUUAGCUGGUUAUGGAUGUGGUCUUCCCAUAUCCCGACUGUAUGCCAGAUAUUUCCAUGGCGAUAUAGUACUUUUAACCUGUGAGGGUGAUGGUACUGAUGCUGUUAUAUAUAUGAAGGCUUUAUCCAACGAAGCGAACGAACUGUUACCAAUCUUCAACAAAUCGGCGUCGAAAUUCUACCGAACGACGACGCCCACGGGAGACUGGUCGAAUCAGUCCGUCAUCCACAUGACGGGACAGCGCCAGAUGUGCGUCCACCAGAAGAAACACCAGCUGCCCCAAAGUUGUCAGGAGAGCAUCACCGGAUCAGGUGUUAUUUAGUUGAAGGAAUACCUCUCGAACAACUCAAAGAAUUUCAAAAUGUUCCGAAAAAAGUUUUGGUCUUUGUUAGGAAGGAAAAGCUAGAAUGACAUUUUGCAACAAAUUCUAAAGUAUUGCUUAGUCCAGUCAACUGCUAGUUGUCGCCCUACCGAUUUUAUGAAGAUUCUUCUUGUGAUGUUUGUGACUGUGAUGAAAUUUUUUAAUUUGUUAUGUUGAAGUUUUGAGGAGCCGCGGUGGAAAUUGGUUUAUCUUGGAAUAUAUUGCUUUUUCAUUGAACUCGGAAAAAGGGUUUUCGAAAUUCAUUUUGGAAAUGUUUUUCUGCACUGUUCCGAAUUUUUUUCAUUUGAAAUGGGACAAUUCUAGUUUGAUCCCAAUCUGCGAGGUCAAGUAGAACAAAGGCAGUGCCAUAAUUCAUUACUAUUAUCAUAGUGAAGUAUUGGAGAAUAACCUAUCAGUUCCUUUUAUAAAAGAAAUUUUUCACUAACCCUAUGUUUAUUUCAUUGACUGGACUCUUGAAAUUUAAUGAAAAUAAUUACAUAUUCUAAUAGGAUAAUUUUGAAUUCAACUGAGUUGCUUUUAGUGGAACAACUCUUUUUUCAAAGCUUUAUUAUUUUUAGAUUGAACUGGAAAAGUAACGAAUUUACUGGAUGAACUGAUUAACAAAGAUAUAAGGUACAAUGUAAGUAAGUAAGUAAAUAAAUAGUUAUGGAACUGAUAGAAUAGUUGAUGAGAAAUAAAUAUCAUUUUAAAGGUUAUGACUCGAGUCAUGUAUUAUUCAGUUUUGUCUGAUCGAAUGUUCUUUGUUUAGAACGAAUGGAUUAAGCCAAAAAUAUCAAAUGUUAAGAAGUAUUUUUGCGUAUAAAUAAUUGUUGAGACAUUUAUGAGUUGUAAAUAUUUCAUAUUGAUGUUAUGUAUAGCUAUGAAGGAGUGAAUAUAGCAAUAUCAAACUA